AUGGCGCCUGGAUGCAAAGCGAGCGUUUUGCGAAAUGAUGCAAAAGGUCGGCGCGCUUGGAUGGUUUGGUGCUUCGAGCACUGCCGUAAGAUGGCAAAUCAGAGCAUGUAUACCGACAUGGCGCAGAUCGCCCAAGAGUGCGGUCUGGAGCUGAUCUACCACAAGAAGUGCGAAGGUUUCCUGCGAUGGCUCGAUGGCUUGGAUGCAGGGGACACGGUGCUUUUGGUUGCAGAUUGGCGUGAAGCCAAGCCCAUCGUGGAAGGACUACGCCGACGCCUUUUCCCGUAUCUGUGGAUGUGCGUCCUCACGCAGUCCCAGGCGUCCUACUUCCAUGCAUCUUCCUGGGCCGCCUCACACCCCUGCGGUCGAGAGAUCCCCGUAUUGGCAGAACUGAACAAAGAGCUCCUGCACGCUGCCGCAGGGAACAUGGCACAGGCCGUGGAAGAUGCAGAAGCUGCUAAGUUGGCACCGCAGGUCAUCGAGUGGCCACUGAACCUGAGCACUCUCAGUGACCCCAAGAUUCGCGCCGAGUUGGCGGUGCGACUGCAGGAGGUCAUCGAGCAGAGCCAAUGGGAAGUGUACGAAGACUAA